GCAGCCUUCGCAGUUCGUUUCACUCCGUCGCUAGUUUUCGAUCUUACACGUAAUCCGUCCAUAUCAGAAGUGUGCCAUAUAUUUUGCUAUGAAGCUUCGAAAGUGUUUUCGAUGGGGUCAAUUACGACGAAUUCAUACAGGGAAAUUGGGGAAUUUGCCGACAUGCGAAUACACACCUUCCAACUACGACGGCACUGAUUACGAAAUUGCAAAAGAGUCUCGCACCAAAAAUUCGAUUCCAUCCGUAAAGUUACUUUACAAGACUCCAUUGAUGAUACACGAAGGAAGAGGUCAAUGGUUGUUCGACCAUAAUGGCCAGCGAUAUCUCGACAUGUUUGGGGGAAUUGCCACAGUCUCCAUUGGACAUUCCCACCCAAAAGUGACGUCAGCCAUUGCCGAGCAAGCGAAGCGAUUGACUCACACAUCGAUGCUGUAUAUGCACCCACGAUUACACGAAUACACGGAAAAAUUAAGAAACAAGUUGCCAAAAAAUUUGGAUGUGGUUUAUUUGGUGAACAGUGGCUCGGAAGCCACAGAACUUGCCUUUUUGUUGGCACGACUGUAUACAGGCUCGCAAGAUAUUGUUUCCUUGGGAAAUUGUUAUCAUGGCGGAAGUUACGCGUCAUCCGCAUCCACUGCUUCUUCUGCAUGGAGAUAUCCAAUUUCAUCACCUCCAGGUCAUAUUCAC